CGGGGUUCUGUUCGCGAAGCCUGCUGCUCACAGCCCAGCUCGCGGCCGCCGAGGAGAGCGCGGGAAGCGGCCCCUCGAAGAAAUCCUGCCUCGAACUCCUGCCCCAACCACAAUCCCCAAAUAAGAUUUACUGAUACUGCUCAACUUAAUAUCCUAAAGUUUUCUUUACAGCUGAUAUGGCCUAAAAGUCUUUGGGGGAGGAAAAGUGCCAGACUGAAGAAUGGCCGAAGCAGUCUUGAUUGAUCUCUCUGGUUUACAGUCGAACUCUCAGAAGAACUGUCAUCAGACGCUAUUGAAGACACUGGGUGGUAUUCACGACCACCAUGCUCCCAAGGCCAAGUUCCUUUGCAUAAUAUGCUGCAGUGAUUCCACCAAGGAAAAGGAUGAGCAGUGUGGCCUCUGGGAACCGGAAGCAGGAAACAGCUUUUCACAUCUCGUGGGAAAAUUCGAGACUGUUAGCAAUCCCAGCCUGGCUGCCUCUUUGUAUACAAUUAAACAAAAAAUCGAUGAAGAAAAUCUGAGCCGUAUUAAGGUGAUUGUACCCGAGCACAGGAAAUGGUUAAUGAAGGCUUAUGUUGACCAACUCUUCACCCAGGUGUAUGAGUUUGAGUUUGAAGAUUUACAGGUAGCUUGGAGGGACAGCCUUUUGGAACCAUCCACUGAACUAAACGAGAUGACAACUCAUGAACUCGAAGACAUCCAGAGUGAGAUAGAAACAUACUUGAGAAGCCUGCCAGCCCUGAAAGGGGACCUGACUAUUGUCACUUCUCCUUUGAUCCCAGACAUCUUUCUGCAUGGCUUUACUACAAGGACAGGUGGCAUAUCUUACAUACCCACUCUCAGCUCACUCAAUCUUUUCAGUAGUUCCAAACGGAGAGAUCCCAAAGUAGUUGUUCAAGAAAAUGUUCGUAGGUUGGCAAAUGCUGCAGGAUUUAAUGCAGAGAAAUUUUACCGAAUAAAGACUGAUCAUGCCAACGAAGUAUGGGUUAUGGGGAAGGAGGAGCCUGACUCUUACGAUGGAAUAAUCACAGAUCAGAGAGGAGUCACGAUCACGGCUCUCGGCGCGGACUGUAUACCCAUAGUCUUUGCAGAUCCCGUGAGAAAAGCAUGUGGGGUUGCUCACUCUGGCUGGAAAGGUACUCUGUUGGGUGUAGCUAUGGCCACUGUGAAUGCUAUGGUAACAGAAUAUGGCUGUAAUCUGGAAGACAUUAUUGUCGUUCUGGGACCUGCAGUGGGAUCUUGCUGCUUUACUCUUCCCAAAGAAUCAGCAACCUCAUUUCACAAUCUUCAUCCUUCAUGUGUGAGACAGUUUGACUCACCGAGUCCCUAUGUUGACAUCCGAAAAGCCACCAGGAUUCUUCUAGAGCGAGGAGGAAUUCUUCCACAGAAUAUUCAAGACCAGAAGGAAGAUCUUGACCUCUGCACAUCCUGCCACCCUGAGAAGUUUUUCUCCCAUGUCCGUGAUGGCCUUAACUUCGGUACACAGAUAGGCUUCAUAUCCCUUAGAGAAUGAGGUUCUUGACUGGAAUUUCACAUACAUGUUUCCUGCAUCCUUCCACGCUGGCUGCAAAGGAAAAUAUUUAGCUUUUUGAUUUAUAUAAAACUACGAGGAUUACAAAAGAUAAUUCAUCUUUAGGGUAUGCUCUCACUGUUACCAAAAGCCCAAUGAUCUUGGUCUAAUUCUUAUGACAACUGAUGAAAAAGAGCAAUGUGAUGUCAUUCCUAAAGUUUAUUCUCUGUAUUUCUCUAUAAAUCAAGGCCAGCUCUGUUCAGUUCAGUAUUCGGUAGAUGCCAGCUUUUGUUUAAGAAUGGAGCUCAGCACAGCGAAUUGAAAUGCAGACUCCUUUCUCAUUUGAAUCAGAUGCAGCAGGGGAGAUAAGUGUUUUCUUCUAAAUAUGUAUUUUUAAUUGUCUUAUAAAAUUCUAGGUUUCCUUAUGGCACUCGCAAGCAUCAGUUUGCGCUGCUCCUCCCCCUCCCUUUCCCUGUCCCUCACGGGGCACCCUUUCACUGCCAGGAGCCCCCCUUUCCUGUCUCAUGUGUUUUAUUACUUCUCCCUUGCUCAAUUCUCUUUUUAUACUCCCUUUCUAGUUUCAACACCUAUAUCCACACUUAUGCCCUCAAAUUUACAUAUCCAUAUAUAUGUAUGUUUGCAUAAGCAUCAAAAGUUAGAAUCUAUAUUUAUAUAUAAGAAAAAACAUGCAGUGUUUGUUAUUCCGAGUCUGGAUUAUUUUGGUCAGCAUAAAAUAAUUCCAGAUCUAUCAGUUUUCCUACAAGUUUGAUCAUUUCAUUACGGCUGAAUCAAAUAUUAUGUGUACGGACCGUAUUUUUGUCAUCUAUUCGUUUGUUAGUAAACAACGAGGCUAGUUCCAAGUCCUUGCUGUUGUGAGUAGAAUAUGAAUAACUGUGCAUGUUUCUGUGUCUUUGUGGCAGGAUAGAGUCUUCUGAGUGUAUGCCCAGAAACAAACUAGGUGUGUCACAGAGCUGUUCUGCAUUUUAUUUCCUUUGUGUGUAUUCUCAGGAGAAUUUAAUGCAUGUUUACAAUGAAAUAUGAUCAUGACUAUCCUUCACUCCCCCUCCAACUCUUCCCCAGAUUUUCCCAGUAUGUCACCCUCCCCAUGUCAUGUCACCCUCCCCAUGUCAUGUCCUCGCUGCUUAGUGUGUGUGAACCCUCUGUGCAGAUUUCCAUGAUGGCUGUACAGUAUACACGCCCACCAACAGUGAAUACAUUCGACUUUCCCCAUAGCCUCGUCAGCACUCAUUUUUUCUUCUAUUUACUUAUUUUUAUGUGUAUAGGUAUUUUAUCUGCAUAUGUAUCUGUGCACCACACGUGUGCAGUGACCAGAAAGGCGAGAAGAGAAUGUCAGAUCCUCUGGGACUGGAGUUACAGAUGGUUUUGAGCCAUCAUGUUGGUGUAGGGAAUCAGACUCAUCAGGAUCAUCAGGAAGAGCAGCCAGUGUUCUAAUCCCUGGAGCCCCCUCUCCAGCUUGGUCAUGCUUUCCUCUUGGUAGUAGACAUGCUGACAUGGGUUACAUAGAAUCUUAAAAUAGUUUUAACUUUUAUGUCUGCUGGCUAAAGGUGCUGGGUGUGUUUUCAGUAUAGUCCUGGACAUUUGUGAUUCUCUUGAGAAGGAUCUGUUCACUUCAUGAGCUCCUUUCAUAACAGGCGGCUUUAUUUUCUUAGUUUUGAAGGUUUUCUAAUAUGCUAUGGAUGAAUGCUAAGGCCUGUUUGAAGUAUGGCUGGUAAAGAUUCUGUACUCUGUAGCCUGCUUGUUCUCCUGCUGAUAGUUCCCUUUGCUGUGUAACAGCUUUUUUUAUUUCGUGUAAUUCAUUUGCAAAUUCUUGUGUUACUAGAGUCCUAUUUUUAAGACUUCCAGUAUCUGCUGGCUUCUUGGAAUAUUUUUCUCUAACAGUGUCCAAAUUUCAGGUAAGGGUCUUUGAAGUUUCUUUUAGAUUGAAAAAGUCCGUAUUUACCUUCAUGAUUAUGUCAGAAUCUGUGUGAUUUGUUUUUUGUGUGUUUGGUUAUUUUUCCUUUCAGUGUUUGCCUUAUGAAAUUUCUAAUCCUAACAUUCAGGGUGUGAUAUUUGCAGUUGUUCUGUCUCCCUGCUGCAUUGUUUCUUUUGUUAUGUGCAGUGGCCCCCUUUAUCUCUAAUUUUGGUUUGCCAUCUACCUUAACGGGUACAAGAACGGGUACAAGAACAGGUACAAGAACAUGAACACAGCUCCAUUUGUUUAGUAUGCUGAUUUUCAGCUUUUGACUAUGUUUUGUUGCUGUUGUUGUUAUUUUUGUUUUCAUUUUUUGUUUGUUUGGGCUUUGGUGGUUAAGUGUGUUUCUUAAAGACAAUAGAUGUUCCUUGUUUUAUUAUCCACCAGUUAUUCUGUGUAUUUUAAUUGUUAGUUGAGAUCAUUUGUACUUAAGGUCAUUCCAAAUGAUUUUGUUAGUUAAUUUUCUGACUGGCUAAGUUAUUAAUAUUUCUGCAUUCUUCCUCUGUUAGUAGUAGAGGUUUUCUGGUUGUGCCUGACUACUUUCUUCCCAACUUUUUUGGUUACUCAUGGAAUGUAUUCUUUUCUGUGUCUCUGUGGAUGAGACUUUGUUUUUUCUACAUAUUUAGUAUUCCUUUAAGAUUUUUCUACAAUACUGUCUUGGUUGUUAAUAAUUGCUUUAAUUUAUCCACCAGUUUAAAAUAUUUUUGUUGACUCUCAAACCUUUGUUGACAGUCAUUUUCUUCUAGAGCUUGAAAUGUGUAAUUCCAUACAUUCCUGUUUUCGUGUUUCUUAUAAAUGAUUUGAUGUUAUGUUUCCUCCUUUGUAUAUGAGCUGGAAUUUUUUCCCUGUGUUUUUAGUCUUUGUUUUGUGUACAUGACAUUGUGACUGUGGUAUGUUGUGGAGAAUUUCUCUGAUGACAUCUAUUAGGGUUUCUAAUGCCUUUUGUGUUUAGAUGUUGAUUUCUUUAAGUUUAGGGAAAUUUCUUCUGUAAGUUGAUUUAAUAAAUUACCUACACCUUAUGACAUUAUCUCAGCUCCUUUACUUCAUUGGCUUCUGGGUUUUGUCUUUUGAAUGUACCCCAGACUUUUUGGAAUUACUGGUUGAUUUUUAAUUUUUUGUUACAUGUUUCAGAAUGUAGGAUUGCCUCCUUAGUCUCCACACUGCACUUUGAAAUCAUUCAUUCAUUCUAAUCCAUCUUGUCUGUUAGUGGUGCUUUCUCAGGCAUUUUGACUUGAUUGUUUCUUUCAUUCCCAGAAUUUCUGUCUCAUUCUCUGUUGUUCCAGCAUCCAUGCUGGACAUUUCUUCCAUGUUUUAAAACUUCAUUUUGAGAUAAACUGUGUCUACAACUAAGACUUAAUUUUAAAAACAGAUGGUUAAAUAUAUGUGUAUGUAUAUAUCUCAGUGUGCCUAUAUGCACAGAUGUAUGCAGAUGCCUGCAGAGGGCAGAAGAAGGCAUCAGAUCUCCUGGCUGGAGUUACAGGGCAGCUGUAAGUACCUCCAAAUGUGCGUGCUAAGAACCCACAGGAGUAGCAACAACUCUUAACAGCAGAGUGUAGCCACAUUGGUUGUCAUCCUUCCUAAUGCUGUGAUGCGACCCUUCAAUAAAUUUCCUCAUGUUGUAGUGACCACCAACCAUAAAAUUAUUUUGUUGCUACUUCAUAACUAUAAUUUUGCUACUGUUAUUAUGUCAUAAAUAUCUGGAUUUUCUGAUAAUCUUAGGUGACCCCUGUGGAAGGGUCAUUUAACCCAAGGAGUCCUGACCCACAGGUUGAGAACAGCUGCUCUAGUUCCAUGUACAGGCUUUUUGACCAAGUAUGGUCAUAGCAGAGAGAGAACACCAUGGAGCAGGACAUGAAACUAAACGUUUAUAACCUACCCAAGGCAGAGAAGAGUGUCAGGAGAGGGACAGCAUGGAACUAGACUAGGGAUCCCAAGUCACAUGGCAGAAAAGGGAAGUUUAUUCUUUUGGCAAUGAGUAGGCACCAAAACGGGAUUCCCGCACUCCACAGCAUCUUACUUAAGGAAAUGGAUUUAAGGGGUGAGUGACCAAAGACGUUGAAUGGAAUCAGAAUAUUUUUUUUAAAAAAAGAUCUAACAGUCUCAGUUGAGGCUGUAGAAUUUCAGAUGGAUCUGAGGACAGAUAAACCCAACAUUUCAGAGAUGAGUUCAAAGGAUCUUUUACAAGGUCAUGGAAGUGGGAGGUGAAGAAGAAUGGAGAAAGUACUUCUUCCUCUGAGUUUUGCUUAACCAACCACUGAGAGCUGACCACAAGCAUGGGAGGAGGUGGGAUUAGAAGAGGGAUCAAGAGUUUCACCUCAUCCAGGAUAAACAGCAUCUGCAUGAAAACCAGUUAGGUCAGCAAUUGAUUGAAAGUACCGACCUGGACCUUACAAUGGAGCCUGGGACAAAGAAGUUUGGAAGCUUCCUGUGAAGCAAUGACACUUGGAACUCUUGCAUCCAGCUGGAUUGUCUGUGUGAAAACUGGAGUGAGUGCAAGGUCCUAGGACAGACCCUCACACUACAUGCAUGUGAAGAACAAAAGAUAAACCAGUAAAAUAUAACUCAGUCAUAGCAAUUAAAAGUAUGAUUGUUUAAGACAGUCAACAAAUAUGUGGAAGGUACUCAGAAGUCUUUAGGGAAAAGUGAGAACUGAAAAGAAAACAGGGAAUUCACUGUGGGAAAUUCACUACUACACAGGGAAAGUAGUUCUUCUGGCAGGGAUGGGUGUGACCAAUUACAUUUUUAAAUUUCUUAAAUAUUUCCUAUUUGUGCACUCGGACUAUACUUUUUUGGUGGUUGCAAAGGAUUUUUCUCAUAUAUUACCUUACUUUGCCUUUAUAGUCUCUAUAAAAUCAAUAGGUCAGGGAUUGACCCUUCUGUCCAAGGAGAAACUGAGAGUCACUGAGGUAAAGGUUAGAAUCGUAUAAUCAUAUAGAAUCGUAUGAUGUGUUUUACCACUUGUAAUUUCCUUUCAGGCUUUAUGCCUACUCAAAGAUCUGUAAAUUCUAUCUUCAACUUUCUGUUAAUAUUCUUUUCAUGUAUUUGGUGCUCAGCAAGAUAAAAAGUUAUGUAGCCAUCCAGAUGCUCUACCCAGUGCAAAGUAGUCAGCAAGGGACUGCUACAGCUGGAUAGCCUUGCUCAGUGUAAGCUUCUGGGAACCACAUGGCUCAGCAUUUAAUUUAAAUAGAAUACUUAAUUUCUCCAUAUUUAAGGAAGGCAUUAAAUAAAAAAAAUAAGAUAGAAAUGCCAAAUUCAUAUAAAGUAUUGCUUAGGAAAACAAAGAUUAAAGAUUGGUCUUACACCUUUGGAAAGACUGUAUGUUUCUAACUCUUCACUGUGUGUUGUUUUGUCUGAGGCUUAUACAUUUAGGCAGACAUACUGUGCAUUAGCUAUGACAUUCCAAAAAUAAAUGAAAUUAUGUCUUAUUGCCUA